AUGAACAUAAACAUUGUGAGCUUUUUUUUCAAUAAAAUGGACUACUGUAUUAUGAUAAUUUUAUAUUCAUUCUUUAUAAUUACUUACGAAUAUGCAAAUUUAUUUUCUACAUGUGAUGAAAAUAUAAAAAAAGCUGAAAUAAAUAAAAAUUCUUAUACUAGUGAUUGUGAACGAUACGAGGAGGAAAUUAAUGGAAAUAUUAAAGAACAAUUCAAAGAGAAAUGUCCUCAAACAUUUUCUUAUCUUAAUGAAAUUCAGACAAUUAAACAUAAUAAUAGCAACCUAUACGAAGCUCAUUGUGUAUACUUGUAUUAUUUUCUAUACUAUUCUUAUAAAGAAAAAGGUAAGAAUGGUACAGAAAUUAAAAAUCCUUUUAAUGAAUUGAUUAGAGUAAAUAAUGAGCACCAAGAUGCUCAAUGCACUAACUUUAGGGGUAUUACAAUUUCAGAUGAUGAAAUAUUAAAACUUAAAGAUAUACAUGACAUGUAUACUGAACUUAAUAAAAUAAAUAAUAUAACUGAUGAAUGUAAUAAUAUUUGUCAUUGUGCCAAAAAGUGUGCCCAAACAUAUGAAAAGUAUGUGGAAACUUGUAAUUAUAAUAAUAUCCCAUAUUUUUGUACAGAAUUAUUAAAUAUAAAAAAACAAUAUGAUGCAAAAAUGAUAAACAAAGUAUGUGAACCUGGAAUCCCCAGAACUCUACGUUCGUUUAAAAGCUAUAACAUAAUAACCCUUAUAUUAAUUCCAAUUUGUAUAACUUUAGCAAUUUCUUCAUUUUUAUUUUUCCUAUAUAAGGUUAAUAAUUAUGUUACGUACGUAAGUUUAUACAGCAAUAGUUUUACGCCAUACGGUUCAAGCUUUCGAUGUUCAGCUAUAAAUAAGAGAAAACAAUAUAAUAAUAUAGAUAAAGAAAUAAAUAUACAGGAAUUAUCUGAAAACUCCCUUUGUAGUUUUAGAAAAAAUGGUUAUCAUAUAUUAUAUAAAUCUACCUAA